GUUGGUAGAGUGCUUAUGUAUACUUUAGGUAAGCGUUGUGUUUGACGUGAAAUCGUGUAGGGAAGAAAUAAUCAUACAAGUCAACCAAAUUUUAACAACCAUGGCGGACGAAGAACUUCCAGCGGGCUGGGAAAAACGUCUCAGUAGAUCUACUGGUCAACAUUAUUAUUUGAACAUAUAUUCCAAACAAAGUCAGUGGGAUAGACCUGAUAAACCAGCAGAUCCUUCUGGUAAUGGUAAUGGAAAUCGUUCAGAGGAAGUUCAGUGUUCGCACCUUUUGGUAAAACAUUCAGGAUCUAGGCGACCAUCUUCUUGGCGAGAAGAAAAUAUAACUAGGUCAAAAGAAGAAGCUUUAGAUUUAAUCAAAUCGUACAGAGAGCAAAUAGCAUCUGGAAAAGCUACGUUUGCUGAACUUGCUUUAAAAUACAGUGAUUGCAGUUCAGCUAAACGGGGAGGGGAUUUGGGUCCUUUCUCUAGAGGGACCAUGCAGAAACCCUUCGAGCAAGCAGCGUUUGCUUUAAAAGUUGGUGAAUUAUCUUCUCCUGUCCAUACAGAUAGCGGUAUUCAUAUUAUCCAGCGGACUAAAUAAACUUCAGAAUAUAAGAUGCAUUGUACUUUGAGUAAAAACAUUUCAUUUUAAUGUCAUUAGAUAAAAGAUGAUGAUUCAUUUAGAUUUUCUUCGUUUUUGUAUGAAAUAUUCGACGAUAUAUUUCUUUAUAGCAACAAAUUUAGGUUAUUAUUAUACCAAGUGUUGUUGACAGAAUAUAGUAGAUCCAUUUUUAAUUUAAAUCUGAUGAAAAUUGUAUAUUCAUGAGUCUUCCACUAAUUAAAAUAUCUC